UACUUCUUCAAAAUACAUUUUCUUCAAUCUGCUAAUAUAACUCAAACACUUUCUCCCAUUCUCUCUCUCGAAUCAAUUACAUUUUCUAGCUUAUCUUUCAAAAAAAUGGAGAAAAACAUAGCUCAAUCACCACUUGAGAUCAAUGGGUUAGCUUCAUUUGAAAACAGACUUGCCAUGGCUAAGCAGUGUUCCCAACAGGGUGUCAUUGCUGGUGCUAAAGCUGCCGUUCUUGCUGGUAUUGCUUCUGCCAUUCCCACCAUUGCUAGUGUGAGGAUGUUGCCAUGGGCAAGGGCUAACCUCAAUCCAACUGCUCAAGCUCUCAUCAUCUCCACUGCUGCCGGAGCUGCUUACUUCAUUGUAGCGGACAAGACUGUUUUAGCAGCCGCCCGCAAAAACUCUAUCAAUUACAGCAGUGAACAAUCUAACUGAUUCAUAACGCUGAUGCCUAUGAUUAUUGGCUUAUAAUGAUGAUUGUAAUGCAAUGAUGAUGACGAUGAAGAAUUUAGAGGAUUUUAUUUUAAGUAGUAACUCCUUUUGUUUGUUUUUAUGUACUAAGGCACCUUAGCCCCGAGAUGAAUGUACUAUAAAUAAACAAAAUGUUGAAGGUUUCGACUUAUCAAAUGAAAACCAUGAAAGAUAAAUGAGGGAACUUCUUCAUCA